AUGUCACAGUUGCAACAACCAUCCACGUGUCAGGCAACAACGACAAGCGACAACAUUCAACCAUGUCACAGUUGCAACAACCAUCCGCGUGUCAGGCAACAACGACAAGCGACAACAUACAACCAUGACACAGUUGCAACAACCAUCCGCGCGUCAGGCAACAACGACAAGCGACAACAUUCAACCAUGUCACAGUUGCAACAACCAUCCGCGUGUCAGGCAACAACGACAAUCGACAACAUUCAACCAUGUCACAGUUGCAACAACCAUCCACGUGCGAGUCAAAAACGACAAGCGACAACAUUCAACCAUGUCACAGUUGCAACAACCAUCCACGUGUCAGGCAACAACGACAAGCGACAACAUUCAACCAUGUCACAGUUGCAACAACCAUCCGCGUGUCAGGCAACAACGACAAUCGACAACAUUCAACCAUGUCACAGUUGCAACAACCAUCCACGUGCCAGUCAAAAACGACAAGCGACAACAUUCAACCAUGUCACAGUUGCAACAACCAUCCACGUGUCAGGCAACAACGACAAGCGACAACAUUCAACCAUGUCACAGUUGCAACAACCAUCCGCGUGUCAGGCAACAACGACAAGCGACAACAUUCAACCAUGUCACAGUUGCAACAACCAUCCACGUGCGAGUCAAAAACGACAAGCGACAACAUUCAACCAUGUCACAGUUGCAACAACCAUCCGCGUGUUAGGCAACAACGACAAGCGACAACAUUCAACCAUGUCCCAGUUGCAACAACCAUCCGCGUGUCAGGCGACAACGACAAGCGACAACAAAAAUAAACAAUAUCACAAGUAA